AUGGCCUUCAGCUCCUGGAGUAACAAUAUAAACAUCUACCUGAAUGAUGUGACAUUCACUGGUGUGGGUCAGGAACAGGUCGACAACUUUAUAGUCGAUGUCCAACCGUAUGAAAAUGCCUGCCCCACUGGUCAAAUACGUCCAACACUCACAAUCAACGGUGGACGUAUGAUCAAUUGUGGAUCAUCUCCAUAUUACAACGUCCUGUUCAACGCCAACUCUACUCUCUACAUGAACAACUUUGAGUUCAUUAUGAACACCGCCAGUGUACUUUUAUUUGCCAUCUCAGACAAUGUAACCGUCGUCGACACCACAUUCCAAGACAACACGAUCACUGAACUUGUGAUGUACGUCACCACACUCAUUCCCAACGCACCCGUCUCAUUGAUCAACAACUCGUUCAUUGGUAACUCUGGACUUGGCACUGACCAAAUCAAUGGGGUCUAUAUGUAUGGCGGCGUUGUUACCGUGGACAACAACCAGUUCAUCAACAACAUCAACAAUACCGUGUUGAUCAAUUUGAUCGAUUCAAACAAUGUGUCCAUCACAAGAUCAACAUUCACCAACAACGAGAUGUAUCACUACCCUCAAGAGACCGCCCUGAUCUCGUUGUUCAACUCCAAAUACCUGGUGAACAACUGCACCAUCAACAACAACACUGCUUUGACUCAAAUCAGGUUCCUGAACUCCUCUGGCACUUUAUCCAACGUUGUGUUUGGCAAUGUUAAUGGAUUGGAAGGCGCUGCCAUUAUUUGUGAGACUGGAUCAAUCACUUUGAACAACAUCAACAAUCAUAACGGUCUUCAACUGUUGGCAUGCAAACAGCCAGAUGGAUUUGAGUCGUGCUCAAUCCAUGGCAACUUCCAUCAUACCUGUCCAAAGAGUGGUGGUGUCAUUGCUGGAAUCGUAAUUGGAACGAUCGGUGGCGCGGCCCUCCUCGUCGGCAUAUCAAUCUAUAUCUUCAAGAGAUACAAGAGGAACCAAUACAAGACAUUGCAAUAA